UGAAACUUUAGGCACUUUUUUUCUCAUUACUUCACAUUACGUACUGUACAUCGUUUGCUAAUUUAAUGGCUAUUUUAUAGCUCAUUUAAUUGCUAUUUUAUCUUUUCAGUGUGUGAAAUUAUUCAAUGUGUGAUAUUUCUGAUAUCUGAGAACUCUCUAAUUUUGACAUGACUGAACACGGAGGCAUCAGCUGUGUUUUGGUCUGUAAGCUUUAAAUGUAAUGGAUCUGAAAUCUCUGUUGCACCGUCUUGAUGGACGCUCGCGGUUGCUGGUUCACGCGCUGCAUUCAGGACCAAACAAUGCGCAGACAGUUUAUAAUAAACAGCGCGCAUCUGAUCCAGAUUUCUCUCUCGCACCUUUUUUAGAGACUUUGUGCCAGCAGGAAGCUCGUGUGCAUGAGGAUGCUCUCGUUUCGAAACCGUUGGUGUGUCUCUUUUCUGAAGUCUUCAAGCGUAAUCUCCUCUGCUUUCUGCAUCUCAUUCACACUAAAUUACCAAAACAGAGUAUCCUCCAUCUGCUCCAAUCUCUAAGCCAGGAUCACAGUGAAAAUCAGUGGUCAUAUGUUUUAAUCAAACAGCUUUAUAGAGAUAUCGAGGGCACUGGGAAAGAAACGCUUCUCACUCCAAAAUGCACAGAGAAGCUAAAGGAUCUCUGUGAGAGGUUUAGAGAUAACAAUAUGAAGGGUAGAUGGGCAUCUUGUUUGCAGGGGAUUGGAAAAGAGCAGGCUGAUGAUCAAACAGUUCAGUCUCAGAAAAAACGAAAAAGUGACAACAUUGAUCUUGAUGUUGAAGAUGAGGAAGAUGUUCAUCAAAGUAAAAGGGUAAGGAUUGAUUUCUGUACAGACAAAGAAGAAGAGAAGUUGACCGGGGAACAGGAGGAAUCUCAAAUGAGUACAUCACACUGUGUGGACCACGGUGCUGCCUCCAAACCGCAGACUCAUCUGUUAGGGUCCACAAAAGUCCUGCCAGAUCACAUAAAGGCUGCUGUUCCUGUGAUUAAAGAAUUGCUAGAUACAGAGUCAGGGUGGGAUAAGAGCUCUGUGUCUGCUUUGAAAGUAUUGCACGAAUGUGACCCAGAUGAGGUGGAAGUACUGUGUUCAAUGUUGAGUUUGUCUGAAGCACCGGAACAGAGUUUACCUCAGUUUUGUAGCUGUUUGCUUGAACUGUCCCCAGACCUCAGUCACAGCACUGCUUCUGCUGUCAUCACAAACCUUCUACUAAACAAGAUUCUGUCUCUUGAGGAACCAGCCUCACGCUGUUUGGUCACAAGUGUGAUGUCACUUUGCACUCGAUACCCCAGACCAACCUGUCAAGCCCUUAUAGAGCCAGUCUUACGAAAGGACCAGACAGGAAGUUGCCGGGCGGAGUUACUCUGUAAACUGGUAGAGGAUUGCCUUGAGCCACAUCAUAGAAUUCAUGUAUUCCGGACCAUACUUGAAGUGUCAUGGGAUGAGGGUGUAUUGUUAGUCAUCCAUGCAUUGCUGGAUUCAAAGCUUGAGCUAAAUGAGGAGGAUUUCUCUCUCUUCAUUGACCAACUCUGCAGCCAGUCUCCACAUUUCAGCAAAUCAAUGAAAUUUGCCAAGAUUAUGCUGAGUGUUUUGACCAAAUAUCAGUCAUAUGUCAAUGCUGCAUGCCACCGCACACUUUCCAGUUGUCUGCCUUUAAAUGAGACUUUUCUCAAGAAGUCCCUGCUGGCUGCAUUAAAACGGAUUUCUCUUUGAAGGAUAUUGUGACCAUUUUUUUGUUCAACUGUGCAUUAAUAAAUGGUUUGGGUUAAUAUGAUUGUAUUAUUUUGUAAAUACAUUUAACAACUCUUUAUUUUGAAAAAUGUUUAUAGUAUUAAUAUAUUAUAAAUUAAUAAAAAAUAGUAAAUAUUUCAA